AUGCAUAAAACAAUAUCGCAACUAAGCCAAUCGAAGAAGCAACUUGAAGAAGAAAAAUCGAGUUUAAUCACCACAAUAAAGCUAAUUCAAAAUGACUUUAAUCAAUGGCACUAUAUUGAGAAGAAAGCAAGUGAUAAUAAAAUAGAAGAUUCAGCUAACAACAUCGAUCGUGUCAACAAUAGCAAUGCGUGGAUAAAACCCAAACAUCAAACCAGACAAUCAACUGAAUUAUCUCGGGAUGAAGGCAAACCGGAAACUAGUAACCGUUUUGAAGUCUUCAAUCAAAAUACAAGUUCCCAUGUUGUAACACCAGUUGUGAUGAAAGACCUCGAGAAACAAGUUCAAGAUUGCGUCAAAUUACCGGACAAAACAAAUAAAUCUAGUUUAUCUACCAAAAAAACGCUAUAGAUUGUAACCAACGUUGUAAUCCGAUUGCGAUUGAUGUUGAAGACAAACCUGAAACUAGCAACCGCUCUAAUGUCCUCAAUAACUUAAAAGAAAAUGCUACAGACAAACCAACAGGUUCUCCAAAUCAGUCUGAAAAUCCACCAAACCAAUGUCGUGAUCCGAUUGAUGUCGCCAUACUUGGUGAUUCGAUGAUAAAGUUCAUUAAUCCUUCUAAAUUACGGAAAAGCUUGAAACGUAACGUUAUGGUGAAAACGUUCCCCGGUGCUAAUGUCGACGAUAUGCAACAUUAUGCUAAACCGACAGUCGAGAAAAAUCCUAAAAGCGUAAUUUUACAUGUUGGUACUAAUGAUUUAAAACAUUCAACUCCUAAAGAGAUAGCAGUAUCGAUAUCCUCACUUGGAAAACAGAUAGAGGAGAACUCGCCGGAAACAAAACUUCAUUCACAUGCAGUCAUGGACGAAGGACAUACUUUGGAAAACUCUGUGAUUAUAGAAGAUUACUUGGCCUAUCCGCAAAGUAACAAUAAUGAGGAAGAGCAUCUAACAUCUAAGACAGUUAAUCUUAUUUACUCAGCCAAAGAAUUUGCCUGGGAGGAACCUUUGGAAGAAUUAAAAGCCUUUGUGAAAUACGAUUUGCAACUUCAAGGAAAAUGGACGUCACCGGGUGGCGAAGUAAAGCUAUUUACUAGCUGCAAUUACAUCUUAAAAUGGCAUGGAAAAAGUAAGAAAAAACUGUCGAUUGUUUGUGAUGAUCACAACCGAAGUCUCGUCGAGAAACUAGAGAAGUUAGCUACGAUGAUUACCGACAAGCUCAAUACAAACAGCGAGCUUCGACACGAAGGCAAUAUGGCGGGCGAAAGCAAAAAGUCUCGUAGCCUUUUGGCAUGUAAUGCUGAUAGCUAUUCACAGCAGACAAACAAUGUAAGUGAAUACGAAGCAGAGAAAACCUCUGAAUUUUGUUAUAAUUCGAACAAUUCCAGUAGUUGUUAUUGCAAGGACUUUACAUUACAAAUCAAGCGUAUCGAAGUUGAAAUGAAGCUAUUACAAAAUCGAAUGGACGCUCAUGAGAUUGAUGAUCCCACCGUACCUUGCAACAGUGAUCUGUCGCUUCGAAGGGAAAAUGUUCGCUUACAAAGUGACUUGGAAUCAGCUAAAUCCACAAUAAACAACUUAAUGCAAUUAAGUGAAAAAUCUAGUCUCACCACGGUAAUUAGAUUAUUACAAGAAGACAAUUUACAGCAUACUAAUUAUACAGUGACAGGAACAAUAAUGCAAAUGAUCACCAAAAGAACGUUUGGACUGCAGCAAAGACACCGAAGAAAAGUAGAAAGAGAUCUACGUAUGUUACCAAAGAAAGAUUGCCCACUGCAUCAACCAAUGCUGUUACAGUGGAAACCGCAUCAACAAGUGCUGUUACAGAGGAAAAUAUAG